AUGAGCGCCUCGGCGGCCCCCGUCAGGCUCAUGCCCGGCGGGCACCCGGAGCAGGCGGCCGCCUGCGCCUCAGCCGCGGGCUCGGCGCCCGACCGGGGCAGCCCCGCCGCCGCUGUGCCCGCCGGCCCCGCUGCCGCCCCGGCGCGUCCCGCGGGCACCCCGGUGGUGCGGGGGGCCGCUCCCGGCGUCCCGCGGCCGGUGGCGCCCAAGGGGCCGCCCGCGGCCACCCUCCAGUUGCCGGCCAACUUGCAGCUGCCCCCAGGAACUGUUCUUAUCAGAAGCAGUAAUGGCCACCUAAUGCUGGUAUCUCAACAGUCAAUAGGACAAGCACAGAACCAGACACAAAACAACACAAGUGUGAGACCAUCUGUGCCAACCAGCACACCUGCAAUCAGAAUAUGUGCUGUGCAGAAUUCUGGCACACAGUUAGUAAAGAAAAUAGCAGCUGCUCCUGUGAAAACAUUAUCUCAAACAACAAAUGCUGUGGUUUCUACUGUUCAGACACCUGCUGUAAUACAGCCAGCAGCUGCAACAGCUAGUGUUACUACAGUUACUGCUGUAAAGCCUUUGAGUACUGGAACACCUGUAAAACUUCCAGUUACAGGACCACCUGCACAAGCUAUCUCCCAAAAGGCAGUCUCUGUGAAAGCAGAGGGCACAACAGUAGCACAGACCAGCGCUUCUACAGAGAUGCUAGAGAAUGUGAAGAAAUGCAAGAAUUUUCUUGCUGCACUAGUAAAAUUGGCAUCUAGCGGACCUCAAGCCCCUGAGAUGGGGCAGAAUGUGAAGAAUCUGGUGCAAAACCUACUGGAAGCAAAAAUUGAACCAGAAGAAUUUACAAAAAAGUUGUACACAGAGCUUAAGUCAUCUCCACAACCAUAUUUAGUUCCUUUCCUCAAGAAAAGCGUGCUUGCCUUACGGCAACUAAUGCCUGAUCCUCAGAGCUUUAUCCAACAGUGUAUGGAGCAGCCAGCUCCAACCCAAGAAGAAGUUUCCACUUGUCCCUCUGCAGCACCACCUCCUUCGACAGGAGUGGCCACCUCGGCUGUAGCAACAACUGCUCUUCCAGCUAUAAAACCCUCAUCUGCAGCGGUCACAGCCCCUGUAGUUGUCACACCAGUCCUUGCCAGCACAUCAGCAGCAGCUCCUCUGCAGGCUGUGAAGGCUGUUCCUUCCCCUGCUGCGGGGACAGUGGCUCUGGGGCCUGCAGCUUCCAUCCUCACCACAGCUGUGGUGUCGUCUGGGCUGACCACUGUCCAGCCUGGCAAGCCAGUCCUCACCUCUGCGGUGCCAGCGCCCUCUCUGCAGGCUGCAAAGCCAGUGCUGGUCUCUACAGUGGCAUGUUCAGCAACAACCCCUCUCCAGCCUCUGAAACCAGUCAUUGGAACCCCAGUUGGUAUUAAAAUCUCGCAGCCCAGCUCCAUUGUGGCGCGGCCAGCAGGUACUCAGCAGGUGGUUAAAGUAAAGCAACUGGUAGUUCAGCAACCAUCAGGAGCCAUUGUCAAGCAAGUAUCCACGCUCCCACAGCCCUCAGUGCUCACCCUACAGACAUCUGCUGAGAAGAAAAUGCCACUGAAUACACUUGUUCAAACCAGCCAGUUUCCUGCAGGUUCCAUUCUGAAACAAAUUACGUUGCCAAGAAAUAAAAUUCUGUCGCUUCAAGCAUCUCCUGUUCAAAAAGUGAAAAUAAAAGAGAAUGGAGCAACAUCCUUCAGAGAUGAAGAUGACCUAAAUGAUGUGACUUCUAUGGCUGGGGUUAAUCUCAGUGAGGAGAAUGCCUGCAUUUUGGCAGCAAACUCUGAGCUCAUUGGCACAGUGAUUCACUCUUGUGCAGAUGAACCAUUUCUGUCUCUGGAAGCUCUUCAGAGUAAGAUCUUGAACAUAGGUAAAAGGCAUGACAUUAUGGAACUUAACUCUGAUGUUGUGAACUUGAUCUCCCACGCUACACAGGAAAGAUUACGAGGGCUCCUGGAAAAACUAACUGUAAUUGCUCGGCACAGAGUAUCAACCCACAAGGGGAGUGAUAAGUACAUCGUAUGUAGUGACACCAGAGCACAACUGAGAUUUCUUGAGAAGCUCGAUCACCUAGAAAAGCAGAGAAAAGAUGAAGAGGAACGUGAAAUGUUGCUUCGAGCAGCCAAGAGCCGUUCCAAUAAAGAAGAUCCAGAGCAACUGCGGUUAAAGCAGAAAGCGAAAGAGAUGCAGCAGCUGGAAUUAGCACAGAUGCAACAAAGGGAAGCCAACCUCACAGCUUUGGCAGCCAUUGGACCAAGGAAGAAAAGACCAUUGGAUUCAUUGAACAUUGGAUCUGGGCUCGAGGGUUUGAAAAGCAAUGGAAUUGCCGGAUCAUCAGGUUUUAGCCUUACGAAGCAGAUGCUCUGUCCACGAGUAACCCGUGUCUGUCUCAGGGACUUGAUAUUCUGCAUGGAACAAGAGAGGGAGAUGAAGCAUUCUCUACGCUUGUACCGUGCCCUUCUGAAGUGAUUUGAAUCUUGCAUUUCACCCUGCUGUCUACUGCCAAAGAUAACACUGAAGCAUUGUUGCACUGUCUUGAAAUUCCAGUUUCUGGAAUAUGAUCCGUUGUAAGGAUAACUCUUGUUUACAGAUAAACAUUUUUAUUAAAUACCUAACUUAGCACCUGUAAGGUUUUUAAUAAUACUUGGCUUAAAUCUGUCUGUAAACCAGUGAAAACACUGAGCUGCACACAUAUGCACCUAUCUGCUUGCAUUGAACUGUCUUACAAGCUCUGAGGGCUUGAUAAGUGUCCCUAGUUUAUGUAUGCCACUUGUUUCAGUACUCCAGAGUCUCCAACAUCUGUUCUAUGUGUAGUGCCACCUUCCAACCCCAUCUUAUUUAGGGAAACAAAUAUCAUUAUAAUGGCACAGCAUAGCAUGGCAACUGUAUUUAAUCAUGAACCAGCAGUCAGUAAACAUGCUAAUGUAUUGCUUGUGUGACUCAACAUCUUCUUAAAUUUUCUGUGUUUAGAAUUACUACUGGAUGCUCACUUGUGGAGAUCAAAUAGCAAGUAAAAGGAAUGAGGGAUCCUUUGUACCCCACACUUUGCCUCAAUUGCCUUCAGCCUUUCCUCUGAGAAGGUGACUGAGGGAAGGAGGACAAAUCAGUCGUUGUGAUUGAAGUACAUCACACAGUGUAGUUAGGGCAUACUUAGAUGGUCGUGGAAAAUUUGGAGUUACUAAAAAUAAAAGGAAUAAAAAAUCCUAAAAAGGGAGGGUAAACAGAAAAAACAGUUUAUCUUUCUGUGAAUACAAAAAAA